CUCUAAACUCACCAUUUGUAAAGAGAGCUAAGAAAUGGAAUCCUCAUAUCUUCCCCUUCCAAUCAAAGCCAUUCUCCUCAUCAUCCUAAUCAACCAAUCAAAUAUUGCAAAAUCUCAACCAAUAAAUGACACCCAAUUCAUCAAAACCACUUGUCAAUCCACACCUUACCCUAGCCUCUGCCUCUCCUCCCUCUCCGCCGACGCCGCCACCAUUCACGGUAGCUAUCGUCUGAUGACGAUUGCCGCCCUCACUGUUGCCCUCACACGCACGCGCUCUGCCUCGUCGGUGAUCCAAAGCCUAGCCAAGUCGAAUGUCUUAACACCACGAGAGGGUUAUGUUGUAAGUGAUUGUAUUGAGGAGUUUGGAGACUCUAUUGAAGAGUUAAAGAUGGCUAUAGUGGAGUUAAAGGAUAAUGACAAGAUGCGAUUCGAAAUUGAGGAUAUUCGAACGUGGGUUAGUGCUGCUUUGACAGACGAUGACACGUGCAUGGACGGGUUUGUUGGUGACACCAUGAAUGAUAGUGUGAAGGAGUCGAUGAAGAAAUUGGUGGUGGAUAUUGUUCAAUUAACAAGUAUUGCUCUCUCGCUUGUUAGUUUGCUGAAGUGA